UAUCAAGUGAAAUCGAUUAGUCGUUCAAAUAUAUAUCAGUGACAUCACAGUAUAAAUUAUAAAAAAAUUCUUAAUUAAGUAUACUCAUAAAAUGGGGACAUUUCUAGGACAUAUUUAUCCAGGACUUCUCAUAGCAUUGAUAGCAUUGCGUAAUCUAUGGAUUAACUUGAGAUCAUUUUAUACUGAAGAGUAUAAUCAUAACCAGUUGAAAUCAAAGAACAAUCUAAUAGAAUCUAUAUUCUACAUUGUAACUGGGAUUAUAUGUUCUUUGAAUGAAAUACUUCCUUGUUUAAUAUAUGAUGAAUAUUAUUUUGGAGGACAUAGCUAUCAACAUAUGACAAUGUUUAUUGCGUUAAUACUUUAUGGUGUGAUUCGAAUUAUUGUAUCUUACAAAUUACCACUUUUAUCUAAGCAAAUUUCUGAUUUUUUCUACCUUCUGAUGGGAUCUGCCAUAUACUUUAUGCUGACGUUUCAUCUACACGGACGAACUCCAUUUGAUACACAUUUACAUAAUAUUUUGAUUCAGACAAUAUUAUUCUCAACUAUAUCAUAUUUUGUAGAGAUUAUUUCCAAUUCUAAUCUUAUCUUCAGUUUGAUACAUAAAUUUUGUCUCAUUUUAACUGGUUCAUGGCUUUGUCAAAUUGGAUUCUACCUUUAUCCACCAUGGAGUUGGUUAACUGUUUGGGAUCAGAAUGAUAUAAAAUCCAUUAUACAUGCAAAUAACAUUUUCUCAUAUCAUAUGAUAAUGAUCUGUUUGACAAUAAUCAUAAUGAUGUCUAUUUUAAGUUGGAAAAAUCGGCGUACAAUACAACUGUCUAAUCGUUUUUCUUCUGAACAUAAUCUACAAAGAUCUUUUGUGAAACAAUUUUGUUCAAUGAACAGUUAACAAGUAUCAAGUCAUGAUUAUAAAUUUGUGAAAUUCUUUUGUUAACUUCCAAUCUUAUUGAUAGUUAGACCUAUUGAAGUAUUUUCAAUAUGAUAUUUCAAGGAUUUAUUGUGAACGCUGUUGUUUUUCCCUUAUUAAUAAAGUUUCAAAAGUUGUUUAAUGAAGUCAAGAAUUAUGAUAACUUGAUUGCUUGUUGACAAUUCAUGAAAACUUUACUAGAUUCUUUUGUAUUAAAAUGUAUUAAUUGAAAUG